GCUUCCUCCCAUGUCAGGUGUGUCUGAAAGAUGAUUGUUUGAACAUGCACUUAAAGCACUGGGUGUUUAUGAGUGCUUAUAAUUGAACAGCAAUCUGAGUGUGUUGCUGUGUGUCUAUUGGGAGCCGCUGGGGCCACUGUUUACUUGUGAGUGUGUGAUUUUGUUAAUGUGCAUGAUACAAGUCAGAAGUGCUUGAAGAGUGUGCGUGCAAGAGGUGGUGGGGCCCUGAGGAGGACGUAGCCCUGGAUUUCCUAGAGAUGGAGGGUCAUGGUUAUGACCGGUUUGGAGAUGGGGAGAGGGACAAUUACCAGAUUGAUUAUCGGAGGAUUGUGGGAGACAUGGAACCAGCACGGCCACGCAUCUCAAACAGAGACGGGGAACAACCUCACUCCUAUGGGGCCUACGCCCACCCAACACCACAUGGACACGGGCAUGAGACUGCAGCCCAGCGAUACAGCGCCACACGAAUCCAAGCUGGAUAUGAACCAGAAAGCAUGGCCGACUACUUGAUCAGUGGAGGCACAGGUUAUGUUCCUGAAGAUGGGUUAACAGCACAACAACUCUUUUCUAUCGGUGAUGGACUCACGUACAAUUCCAAAGUACGAUCUUGUCAUUUUCUACUCUUUGAUCUGUUUUCUCUCCCCCCUCUCAGUGACUUUUUGAUCCUCCCUGGUUUCAUAGAUUUUACUUCUGAUGAGGUGGAUCUAACCUCUGCACUGACAAGGAAGAUAACCCUGAAGACACCUCUUAUUUCGUCUCCCAUGGAUACAGUCACAGAGUCAUCCAUGGCCAUCGCCAUGGCACUGAUGGGUGGGAUUGGAAUAAUUCAUCAUAACUGUACUGCUGAGUUCCAGGCCAAUGAGGUGCGCAAAGUCAAGAAAUUCGAGCAGGGCUUUAUUACAGACCCGGUAGUAAUGAGCCCCCGACACACGGUGGGGGAUGUGUUUGAGGCCAAGAUACGCCAUGGUUUCUCUGGGAUCCCUGUUACAGAAACGGGCAAGAUGGGUAGCAAGCUGGUUGGCAUUGUCACCUCCAGAGAUAUAGAUUUUCUGUCUGAGAAGGACCAUGACAGACCCCUGGAAGAGGCAAUGACAAAGAGGGAAGAUUUAGUUGUUGCACCCGCUGGAGUCACACUAAAAGAGGCUAAUGAUAUACUGCAACGUAGCAAAAAAGGUAAGCUCCCCAUAGUGAAUGACAGUGAUGAGCUGGUUGCCAUAAUUGCUAGGACUGACUUGAAGAAGAACAGGGAUUAUCCCCUGGCUUCCAAGGACUCCCGCAAGCAGCUGCUGUGUGGGGCUGCCAUCGGUACCCGGGAAGAUGACAAAUACAGACUGGACCUCCUAAUGCAGGCUGGGGUGGAUGUAGUUGUACUGGACUCCUCCCAAGGAAACUCAGUGUAUCAAAUCAACAUGAUAAACUACAUCAAACAGAAAUAUCCUGAACUUCAGGUGGUUGGAGGAAAUGUGGUGACAGCUGCUCAGGCUAAAAACCUCAUAGAUGCAGGUGUGGAUGCCUUGAGAGUGGGCAUGGGGUGUGGCUCUAUCUGUAUCACCCAGGAAGUUAUGGCUUGUGGACGGCCCCAGGGAACUUCAGUGUACAAGGUGGCGGAGUAUGCCCGACGUUUUGGAGUGCCAGUUAUCGCUGAUGGAGGCAUUCAGACUGUUGGACAUGUGGUGAAAGCUCUGGCCCUGGGAGCAUCUACAGUGAUGAUGGGGUCGUUGCUUGCGGCAACCACUGAAGCUCCGGGAGAAUAUUUCUUUUCAGACGGUGUGCGCCUGAAGAAGUACAGAGGGAUGGGCUCCCUGGAUGCCAUGGAGAAAAAUAACAGUCAGAAACGCUACUUCAGUGAAGGAGAUAAGGUGAAGGUGGCUCAAGGUGUCUCAGGCUCAGUGCAAGAUAAAGGCUCCAUCCAUAAGUUUGUUCCUUACCUCAUUGCCGGUAUCCAACACGGCUGUCAGGACAUAGGAGCCAAGAGUUUGUCCAUUUUACGGUCGAUGAUGUACUCUGGAGAGCUGAAGUUUGAGAAGAGAACCAUGUCUGCUCAAAUGGAGGGAGGAGUUCACGGCCUCCACUCUUACGAGAAGCGGCUUUACUGAGGCGGGAGGAAGAGGAAACGCUCGAUCAGGACCUAGCGUCCCGGCUCCAGCAGCUAUGAGCAGAUGCACCGGGCGCGUGUGAUCAAACUACAAACGCAGAGCUGUUGUUGCUGUACA